AUGUCAUUCAAAAUGGCGAGCAAUCCGUCGGAUGUAGUGCUGGUAAAGGGGCAAGAGUUUCAUGUCGGGCCGCGGUAUGUAGAGCUCCAGUAUAUCGGAGAGGGAGCUUAUGGAAUGGUCGUAUCGGCCAUUGACACAACAACACCCAAAAGGGAACGUGUGGCGAUUAAGAAGAUCUCACCAUUUGAGCAUCAGACAUAUUGUCAGCGGACACUGAGAGAAAUAAAAAUUCUUACUAGAUUUAGACAUGAAAAUGUAAUCAACAUUCAAAACAUACUCCACCAAGAUAAUUUAGAAUCCAUGAAAGAUGUAUACAUAGUACAGUGUUUGAUGGAGACAGACAUGUACAAACUGCUAAAGACACAGCAACUUAGUAACGACCAUGUCUGCUACUUCCUUUACCAAAUUCUCCGCGGGCUCAAGUACAUCCACUCCGCCAACGUACUUCACCGAGAUCUCAAACCAAGCAAUCUGCUCCUCAACACCACCUGUGAUCUUAAGGUUUGUGAUUUUGGAUUGGCAAGAGUUGCAGACCCUGAACAUGAUCACACAGGUUUCCUCACUGAAUAUGUGGCCACAAGAUGGUACAGAGCGCCAGAAAUCAUGCUUAAUUCCAAAGGUUAUACCAAUCCAGUUGAUGUAUGGUCGGUGGGAUGUAUACUAGCCGAGAUGUUGGUAAACAGGCCACUCUUCCCUGGAAAGCACUACCUUGACCAGCUCAACCACAUACUGGGUGUUUUAGGUUCCCCGGAAACCGAUGACCUCAAUUGUAUUAUCAAUGAAAAGGCUCGAGGCUAUAUAAAAACUCUGCCACAUAAAACUAAGAUGCCCUGGUGUCGACUUUUCCCAAAUGCAGAUUCCAAAGCUCUUGAUCUCCUGGAAAGGAUGUUAACUUUUAACCCUCACAAGAGAAUCACAGUGGAGCAAGCACUGGAACACCCAUAUCUAGAACAGUACUAUGAUCCUGCUGACGAGCCUGUUGCUGAAGAACCUUUCACAUUUGAAAUGGAACUUGAUGAUCUCCCUAAAGAAAGACUGAAGGAAUUGAUAUUCCAAGAAACUUUACUUCUUGACCAGAAACACCUAACAGAAUAAAGGUAUUAGAAGUGGAUGACAGAUCAUAUCAUCACCUGCUUGUUUUCCAUUUGUUGUUGGUGUAUAAACAUAUAAACAAGACUUUUUACUCAUUUCCCAUACACAGUCUUUGGUGCACCAUUAUCUCUGUAGCAACAAUGAAUGUAACCCACAUCAACUCAGGUCACCUUUGACCUUCAUCAGGCUCUACCUUGGCUUUGGAGAGGUCCUUCCUGAUUGGACAGUUACUACAUGGUGUACGCAUGAACUUAUUACUGAUUAAGGCAAUGUUAUAAUUGCUGACAAAAAUGUCAAGAGUUUAAUCAUUAUUCAAUAAUCAUUAUUAUAAUCACAGGACACAUGUUCAUGUCGCUGUAGUAAACAAGACUAGUGUUGUCUAUCUUCCUUUUUAUAGAGAUAUGGAUUGAUCUGAUAUGGAAAUACUGGGUUGUACAGUGGCUGACUCUAUAACACGUCAUACUGUCCAAGUGAUGGAUUGACUGAGAUGGAAACCUUACUACUUUGAUGAGUGACUUAUUUCAUGUGUCCUAGUGGGAGAUAGAAAUUUACAAAUUCUGUGGAUAGUGUUAGGUUUCAUAUAACACCUAAAAAAAAUCAGACUUGAAAGCAGUAAUAUCAUUGUCACUUUUAUAUGUUCUUGAUUAACAAAUCACAGGUUCUGUCAUCUCAGUGUUAGGUGAAGGUCAAGGUUAUCUAAAAAUAGGGCAUCAAGUUUUACUUUGGCUAUGGAUUUUGUUCUUUGUGAAGUAAAGAUAUGUCUUACCGUGAUGAAACAUGUUGAUACUGCUGUUUAAGAUGUCAAAUCAAAUUGAGAGCAUAAUGCCAGUAUUUACCACAUAAUUAUCAACACCUAACACAAUCAUUUUCUUAGUUCAAAGGAAAGUAACACCAGAGACACAAAUCUUUGGGUUUUCAUCUGUAGUAGGACUAGUUGAGACAUUUCCUCAACUUUGUAAAAUAAUACCACAUAAUUAUCGACAUUUUACACCAUCUCUUUUUUAUUUUUUUAAUUCAAAGGGAAGUAACUCCAAAUUCACAAAUCUUUGGAUUUUCGUCUGUAGUAGGACAAAUAGAAAUAUUUCCUCAACUUUGUAAAAUGAUACCACAUAAUUAUCAACAUCUAGCACCAUCUCUUUUUUUAACUCAUAGGGAAGUAACUCCGGAGAUUUUCGUCUCUAGGAGAACUACUAGAGAUAUUUCCUCAACUUUGUAAAAUGAUUAUGAUCAGCAUUUUGUAAAACAUUUAAAUUCAUAAAAUCACAGGAUGAUAGGACAAUUCUCCUCAAUGCUUUAAGUUAAGUCUGUGUGAUUGUUUGACAUACAAGCUGGUCAUACCAGUAUAUAGAAUGCUAAACCAGCAUCUAUUAACACUGUUAAGAUUCUCACUUAUGUUUUGCUCUUUAGUCAUGAAUAUUAUAGGGCAAAAUUAAUUCAUGCAUUAUGAACAUCAUCACAUCCUUUUAAUUUCGUUAUUUUGCAUAUUUUCUCUCAAUCAUGACUUUUUAAAAUUUCAUUUUAUGAACAUUCUAAUCAACACACUAUUUAAUUCCAUAUAAUUCACACUUUGUGAAGGUGGGAAUAGCUCGAGAUAUUUCUGUUGAAUGACUAACCCUAGUAAUGUUACAUGGGGGAUAUUUGGGUUAAAAGUUUAAUUGAUAAAUAUUAUUGCUUGCCUUUGUACUUUUAUUUUCUAUGUCUGGUUAGUCUAUAUGUGAAAACUAUCACCACUGUUUAACUUUGGUCCAUUUUGCUCUUUUGUCAACAAGGUGGGGGGGAAAAAAGGUGGCUAAUGUGUAAAGAACGAGCUAUAUCUUCAGCUUUUAAGGCAGAUUUAACACUUGUUGAAUGUUUCCCUGUAUACAUUUUCCGGAUUGUUUUGUAACAUUUUUAAGUCUCCAGCUGCCUUUGUUGAACAGAGUUUCUCUUGUAAAUAUUCAGUAAUGACAUAUUCUGUUAUACAAAGUGGAUAUCUUUUCUUCAUUGAAAGUAAUUUUCUUAGACUUUCUGUGAUUAUUAGAUGUAACAAGUAAUGAGUUUGAUCAAUAUGAAAUUGCCUUCAUUGUAAAUUUCAUAAUUGCUCUUGCAAAUGUUUUAAACGCACAAAUAUCAUGGCACAUGAUGAAAACCCCAAAACUUUCGGAAUAAUUCCUUCUUUACUGUGACAACACAGAAUGUCUGAAACAUUAGUGAUGGUUCCUUCAUCAGAGUGACAGAACACAAAUUGUCUGAAACAUCUGGAAUAAUUCCUUCGUUACAGUGACAUAAUAAAAAAAGUCUGAAACACUUAGAAUGAGUACUUCUGACAAUGACGUAACAUUAACUGUCUGAAACACUAGGAAUGGUUGCUUCUUUACAGCUACAUUACACAAAAUGUUCGGGACAUAAGGAAUGGUGAUAUCUAUACUGUGACAUUACAAUAUCUGAAACCACAAAAAUAGUUGCUACAGUAGGUGUUUUUUCAUCUUUUCAGUGUUAGUAAGAUUUUGUGGCGUUGUGGUGAGUAAUCCUGUCGUCAGGAGUAUUUACAGAUAACAUUGUUUGCUUUAUAUAAUGGUAUUAAGUCAUACUAAUUUGUUAUUAAUUAUAGACAUAAUAUACACUGAUGAUUGUUGUAUUUUUAAUACCAAGUGCUUACUUUGUACAUAGUCCUUUAUCCUAUACAAACCUGUAUAGUUUGUUACUUUAUCGGGGCCCUUUUUCUCGUGAAACAACUCUCGCACUCGAAACAUACUAGGUUCUGUGCAUAAACUGAAAUAUUCUUUGUUCUUGAAAUGAUAUGGUAUGGUAUGACAUUUCGUCAUUCUGUCCGUCUGAUAACUGUUUAAUGCUAAUACCUUGGUAGUCCAGAAGGACAAAUUUUGUGUGGAAAAGUAAAUGUCAACUUUAUUCCAUACAGGAAAAGAAAUUUCAAAUUAAUCUGGAGCAUCCUUCAGUGAAGAGGCAGCAUUUGCUUAGUGUUAAUGGAGAUAAGAUGGUAAGGGGGCCAUUUGCAAAAGGGAAGACAAGGAAAAUAAAUCUUGUGAAAGAUGUGUAUGUAUUUUACAAAUGGAAGCACUGAAUCUUGAGUGUUUUCAACUCUCAAGGAAUUUUUGACAAGGAAUUGGAUUACAUAAAGGAAUUCUUUAAAGUUGGUUCCAAGAGGCAUUACCUUAAAUAGAAAAAAAAUACUUUGAUAAUGGUAGGAAUGAGAUUCCCUCCCUCCGCCUUAUUCCUGAAGUAUGAAAGUGAACUGAUGCAAAGCCUCUUUUGUUUACAAUGAAUUUGAGAUUCUCAAGACUUGGUUGAAAUAUGUUUUUAUAAUAUCCAACUUACCUUUUGAAUUACCCAGGGUCUAUGCAUGGUUUUUGCACAGAAAAUAGGUUUGAGCACGAGAAUGCUUUUAUGAGGUCAGGCCCAGAUGUUGUCUUGAACAGAUUAUGUGAUCUCGUUACAAUUAAAUUUCAUUUGAAGUAUGCCCAUAUAUAGCUAUGUUAUUUGCAGAAUUACCAUAAUUUUGGUAACAUAACUUUAUACGGGAAAUUCAUUAGCUACAUAACCAUAUAUGGACAAUAAUUCCAAGCUGACUAUGAAAGGACAACCUUGAAGGACCAUAUUUCAACUCAGGGUUGUACUCCUUGGUCACUGAUGAUGCCCAUAUAUGGCUUACCUAGUGCUAUGACUAGAGAAGAUAUAAUAAUUGGAAGACUUAGCCUUUGGAGUGUGGCAUUAUGUUAAAUUUUGUGAAGAUCCCUCCCCCCUGUAAUCUGAAAAUAUAACACCCUUUUUCACUAUUAUCUUUUUAAUACAUGUACAAGUAUUUUAUUACGACAGAUUUUGAAGACAUUAGGUAUCUGCUGGUACAUUCUGUUUAGAGGUUAAUUUAGCUUGUUAUUUGUUGUGUAUUGAAUGUACAUUACCAGUAUCUUGAGAGAUACAGGAAUAUUUAGAAAGAGACCAUUUUACAGUUAUAAUUUGGAAAAGGUUGGUAAAGUUGGUGGAAGGACUGAUGAAUUUGAAUAUAUCUUGCCAUUUUUGGGAGGAAAAAUGUCGAGACAAAACAGAAUUAUAUACCUAUACCUGUAACUGUUGUGUGGUACACAUUAUUUAAUAGGGCAUCGGACCUAAUGAAAAGAUUUGGGUAUGUUAUAUUUUGCUUUUAUUUGCAGAACUUUUAUAAAUAGUAUAUUCAAAAUGGAUUCUCAUGUUCUGGUAUGAAAAUCUAACAUUGUACAUUUGUGCAUCAAGAUUAAAGGGAAAAUAUUAAGGUUUUCUUUUCCUUCCAAUUCAGUUUAUUAUAGCUAUAUAAAGAUAUUGUUGAUAUAUAAUGAAAUGAUAUUAAUGAGAAUUGAGGGGCGAUAUAUAUCCGUUGUAUAAUGUGCCAGUUGAAAUAAUUUGGGUCUGAUUUUGAACGCAAACAGUAAUUAAUUAUAUUAUAGGGAGAGGGUAUGAAGCAACUUGAUCUUCAUAUUUAAUAUAUUAACAUUUUUUGUUAUAAAAGGGACAUAAAGACAAUGAAAAUUGUGAUAUUUGCUUCUUUUUUUUUUUAAUUCAUCCAACCGCCAUUCAUUGAAGUUUUGAGCUCUCCUGGUCCAAACUGUCAAGUUAACUCACAUUACAGUGUGUCAGUAGUCGUCAUUGUCUUAAAUUAAGGGCUAGAUUUUGAUAAAUUCUAACGCAGAGCAUAUACAAGGAAGUGAGAUGUAUAAAUAAGUAUGGUUAAGCUUUGGUCAGAUACAGAGUCCAAUAAUGGAAAGCAUUGAUGUUUUCGAAGACUAUUACUCCGGCACAAGUAAGUGGAUUUUAACCUAACCUGACAUGGAGCAUUCUUGUGCUAAUGGAGUUCUAAGUUGUAUAUACAUGUUUCUGUUAAAGCCCAAUUCAAAACUUAUUUGAAAAAACUCUUUUGUUGUGAUUUUUGUGAGAUACAUUAAGCAAGUAAUGCUGGACUGAUGGUUCUUUUUCGAAACUAAUACAAAGGGUUUCAUUGUCACAGUAUUACUGCUGGUAAUACAAGGAUAAUAUUGAGAUUUAUUAGCCAAAAGUCUGAAGAAUUAUCAACAAAUUUUAUAAUAUGGAGAGCCAAAAGAUUGUUGGAAUUAAAACAGUUGUAACGUUGAAGGCUAUCUAUUUUUGCAUUGGUUAUAGAUGAGACCUAUAUUACUGAGACAAGUAAUGAAUAUUUUGAUGAACAGUUAUCUUCCUUUGUUUUCACAUAUUUUCUAUUUCUUUGGUGCAUUUACAAAUUACUGCGAUCUUUGAUUAAAUAUCUAUAUUAUAUAUUAUAUGUUACUUGUAGUGCAUACUGAAAUCAUUUCCUACUGAUCAUGUGACCAGGAAGCGUGAGGUGCAAGUUUCAUGUCUCGGGAGAAAGACCAGAUUGGAUGCUUGUCUAUUGUACCAUUUGUGGUUAUGUUGUCUUUAUAUUAGAAAAAAUAUAAAUAAACUGUGCUUAUGACAUUUUCA